CUGAGAGAUGUACCCGUCAACUGGAGGCGAGAAGGAAGUUCCAAACAAUCUGUGGGACUAAAAGGCACCUUUACCCUGACCCCUCUACUUAUCAAAGAGUGUGAUCUGGAGAUGGACUUCCAAAACUGCUACCUUUGCGUGCGAUUGGAAGAACUGCCAGCAGAAAAGACACAAAACCUUUCUGAUUUGCAGAGCUACACAUGGGUGGCCCACGGCCUAACACAAGUCACCAGUUCCAUCGUUAAAGAUAAAGGUGGUCAUGUUGACUUUCAGUUACACCAGUGUAACAUGCAUGAAGUUCCUGAGAAAGCCCUGAGAUCUACAGACCCCUUUACCAUGGAGAUCAUACCUAAGCUAUUGCCGGACAUACGGAAGGAAAGGGCUGUUAAAGAACUGAAUAAAGCAUCUGCACUCACAAAGAGUAUUGCGCUUGGAAAGCAGGUUCCUGAUGUAGUCAUGAACACAAAGUUUAAAAAUCAGGCGUCGUUUGCCAUCCCGGAGAAACCCCGUCCACUCAAUAGAAGUCAGAACAGAAGCCGUGCGCAAAGCCUUAACUCAGCCUUUCACCCUUAUCCAAGGACCCCCUGG